AUGGACGAGCUAUCCGAGUCGAAGAAACCUAAACCCACCCAAGCCAUUACAUAUGCCCCCAAGACAUCCCGAAGCCUUACACUUCCCAGCUCUUUACCGUUCAAACAUGAUUUGCCUUGUUUGGAAAGAAAACCAACCCGGAAUCGAAUACCCCGUUUCUCCUCUUGGACAACAAGCAGUGUCUAUUCCGGUUGGCCAAUUACAACAGGGGAUGAGCCUCGGAGCGAAGUUCAACCUCCCAUCAAAGAUAGACCGAAGAAUACUAGCAGAGAAGUACUUCCAAAAUCAGAUAUUAUUUCCAUUCCCAAAUUGACAAGAGAUGGAUCAGAAUCCACAACUGCAGGCUUGAUUGUAAACACGUAUGCGGCACAAGCGGUUAAUGCUACAACACACCAGAUUGUGCAACAAAAUUCGAUCGGUUCUACUCAAGACCAAUUCUGGUCCCGAUCCACAUUGAGCACCACUCCGAAUCCCACAUGGCCGGUAAGUUCACCAUCCAGAGGAAUAUCUGGGGUCCAACCCAGUGAUCUUUACAUUUCUUUUGUUUUCUGUAAAAUUGAUGUACCAUUUACUUGA